AAGCACCAGAAAUAAGGCUUGAUCCACAAAAAGAAGCAGCAUUAGGAAGCAGUGUUACAAUCGACUGCGUCGCUGAGGGAGAUCCAAGACCAGUAGUCAAACUGUACAGAAAUGGAGUAUUUAUAGAAGGGCAAGAACCAACUACUUUUCCGCCAAUCUCACCUGGUCUUGGAGGGGCUAAAUACACUUUUACCGCUGUCCAAGGGUCUGGCGGACCUUAUGAGUGUCGCGCAACCAAUGGAAUAGCGGACUCAAAUGGAAACACUGUUAUAUCAAAAAUCAUAAACAUUAUUAUAACAGCAGCAACAACAACACAACCACCAACACCACCACCGACAACACCCCGGACAACACCCCCGACACCACCCCCGACACCACCAACGACACCACCACCGACAGCACCACCGACAACACCCACGACAAUACCACCGACAGCACCACCGACAGCACCACCGACAGCACCACCGACAGCACCAACGACAGCACCACCGACAUCACAAACUGCUACUGCAGCACCACCAACAAUAACAACACAAACCACAAAAACGGUAACCACCAAGACUUCUACAGGAGUCAAGAAAGAAUCAGCUGCAGCGAGUGGAUCUAUCGGUAAUUUUUUGCUCACCAUCAUUUUUCCUGGUGCAUGUGGUGUGAUAUUACUUAUCAUCAUUGUCAUCGUUCUUGCUUGCGUUUACUGUACAAGGAAAAAGAAAGCUUCAGUAUCUGCAUUCAAAUGGAAAGGCUUUCAAUAGAGCAUCCAACCCAAGACCAGGAUCAUCUUACCAAUACGAAAAGAUACCACAUAACCACGAGAGGAUACAGAAGGCAAAAGGGCUUAAGGAGAAUGGACCCCUAAUGUCAAGCAGUCCUCGCAGAGAGCCGAAGUUGAUACCGAACGCAAGCCCGCCCUCUUAUCAUAAUGACAAAAACUUCCAAGCACUUUAUAAUCCACGAGCUGGAAACGCAUCAAAUGGUGGUCGUAAACCACUAGAACACGUUGUGGUAAUGCCAUAGAACCAUGCUUAAAAAUUAACCACACUACACACACACGAUGUUUGACACACAAGACAUUCUUACGUUGCUUGCGCGUGCGUGCAAAAUGUCCAGUUGCACUGCAAAUGUGAGUGGGGUUUUGCACCAUCACGUGACGGUAGCCAUGUUAGAUAGCAGAAAUAAUUCAUUUUCCAAGAACAAAGGGAUUUUAUUGUUCUGCCAUCUGACCACAGGCAGCUCAAGCUUUAUUAUGGGCAUGGGCACGUGAUGGUGCAAAACGUCUAUAGAACGGUGUGUCAUGUUCUUUAGUUUUCUUUAACUUGACGUCCCAAACCAACUUUUUUUAAAUUUCUAGACGUGUUCAAAUUGGUUUUCAUCUGAUCUGCGUAAACUCAGUUAACUUAGUUUGUUAUCAAUCCUCAUUCAUAUUCCUAAAUAUUUCCACGGAGCAAAUGCCAGGUCCCGUCCACACGUAUAUUCCGAAUAUUACAGAAAAAUGUCUUUGUGGAUUGUAGCCUUGAAAACGCAACUGUUUGAAAACGUAUACGUGUAGACGCGCGAAAACGAUUCGAAAACGUUACGUGUGGGAGAGAAUUUUUCGUUUGAAAUCCGUUUGAAAUCGUUCUCAAAUCCUUUCUCAAAAAUAUCUGAAUAUGUGUCGACGGGGCCUGAUACGUCUAAUAUAUCGUCAUAUACAUAUAUUAAACUACUGAUUAAUACGACUUAGAAUAUGGAGAGCUAGGAAGAGAGGUAAUGGAAGCAAAGGCAAUCCAGGAUACCAAGUUUUGAAGCCUAACAGUUUCAAAAUCUGGGCAAGCAUGUGGAUUGAUUUAGUUGACUUGUCAUCUAAGAGUGUGUGCAGGUUUUAAUAUCAUAUUACUUUUUUAUUUUUUUAUUUCAUUUUUAUCACUUGUACAGGGUUUGUCCGCACAAUUGACUUUAUUAUAUAAUUACCAAUGAAAUAUCUAUUUUUCUCUAUUUCGAAAAAUUGAUAUCUUCACACGUGAAAAUAACAUGCUAUUUUGCACGUGUGAAGAUAACACCAUUGCGAUUAAUUGCUAU